AUGACCGUGCAGGUGUCUUCUACUUCGCUCUUCACGCAUCGGAUAUUUCGUAAAUCUACCCUCAUCUAUCACACUUCCAAAGCUUGCGAUGCUGCUGCAGGUACUAUUGACAGCAUUUUCUUUUUCCCCAACCCGUCCGGCAGGUACCAUGUUGGAAAGACUCAGCAUGUGUUCAAUCAUACCACUCACGACGACCCUGUGGCGCCGGAUGGAUCCAACCACACUGGAAACUUCAUUGUUGUCACGAUCCUAUAUCCGACCACACAAGCGCCAAAUCCAGAAACCUCCCUAAAGUAUAUGGACCAUACGCUCGCCGAUCUGAUAGAGAAAGGUUGGGGAAUCCCAGAGGGAGAGCUACAGAAGCUAUGGACCCCUCUUCAGUGGCAGCCGCCAGUCCUCCCAGGCCUUCCAGGCGAGAACAAACUCCCGACACUUCUAUUCUCCCCCGGCGCUGGGAUGCCCUGCUCAUCUAGCACAAUGAUCACUGCAAAUAUGGCCUCGCAAGGCUACACCGUUCUGUGCAUCGACCACCCCGGAGAGCCUCCCUACCUAAAGCUCCCAUACGACGGCGGUGGCCAGUACGGAAUACCAAUCAAUUACGACUGGGCCAACUACGACUUCCUCUAUAAAAUCAACAAAAACCGUAAAUCCGAUUAUGAUGCCCUGCUUAAGCUGUACCCAGCACUCGUCGACCAGUUCGGCGCACCUUUCAACAAGUCCACGUAUAUCCACUUUGGCUUCUCAAUGGGGGGCAGCAUCGGCACCGACCUAGUGUCCUCGCACGAGAGUGUUAUGGGCGGAAUUAAUUAUGAUGGUGCAUUCAUCGAUUAUAUCUUUGGUGAAACUGUCGAUGUUGGGAAACCAUUCCUAAUGCUUCGUGAUGACCAGAACAGAUCUGAGGACAGCAUGCACUGGGUUGAGUUCCAGGGGAACCAAACCGGGUGGUGGGAGCAUCUGCUCGUCAAGGGCUCCCACCAUCUCGACUUCUCAGACGUCUCCAUGUGGUUCGACCUGUUGAGCUUGGAGGGGCGGGUCAACGCGACUCUGACGGGGACGAUCAAGGGCAGGCGCAUGCACGAUAUUAUGAUAGCUUUCACAACUGCAUUCUUCGAUAAGGUUCUCGGAAAGAUGGAUGGCCUGACGUACUCUUUGUCAAUAGAAGUUCGGAAAAUAGAGCCUAAUAGCAUUCCGGAUCUGGUUCCUACUACUGUCGGCUCCAGAGUUAGUACCGCGCUAAGCUCUCGAAAAUCUCAAGUAGUCGAUGCGGUAGAUAGGCUGAACGUGCGCGGAGUAAUUCCUGUGAUAAACGUAUACAAAUUCAUUUCUCUAUCUCUUAAGAAGCCUAUAUUCGGGCAACAACAUUAUCGAUACGAACCAUUAAGGGCAGCACCUCACCAUAUUGAAUUUCUACCCACGCUAUCCAUUCCAAUCUCAGCAACCCCUCACACUCUCCCGAUACUAUGUCUUCUCGUCCGCAUUACCUUGUUCAUAAUCGUUCGCAUGGUUCGUGCAGCGAGAAUUGAAAAGCAAACAACACCUCACCGCGAAUAUGAAGAUGUUCUGGAUUGCCUUGGAAUAGGCCCAGCGAAGGCCACGAACCACUCAGUGGGCCAGCAUGGACAAUGGCAUCCACCGCAAUCUCUUGGGCAAUUUUUUGGGAUGUAUUUUCCCAGGGCCGUUGAGGAGGAUUGCAUUGCCAAUUAG